UCUGUCGCGGCGUUAGCCAUCCCUUCUUUCGCCUCCCCCACCGAAUCUUUUGUCACGCCAGUCUCCAAGGCCGCAGGCACCAGCAUCACCGUCGCCUACGAUCAAAAAUACGAUGUCGCCGACAGCUCCCUGACUACCGUUGCCUGCUCUGACGGCGCCAACGGCCUCAUCACGAAGGGAUACAAGACCUUCGGCUCCGUGCCUGGCUUCCCCAACAUCGGAGGCGCACCCACCGUCGCAGGCUGGAACAGCAGCAACUGCGGCAAAUGCUAUGAGCUCAACUACGAGAACGGUGACUUCAAGGGAUCCAUCUACGUGACGGCUGUUGACUCUGCUUCACCGGGAGCCUUCAACAUCGGGCUGCAUGCGAUGGACAAAUUGACGAAUGGCCAGGCAGUACAGUUUGGCCGUGUCACCGCGACGUAUACUGAGGUUGAAGAGAAAUUUUGUGCU